UUGAGCUCAGUCUUUGAGAUGCUUCUGUUUCUUUACAUUCUCCUGUGUUUCUUUCAGCUUCAAGCAAAGGUAGGAAACACUCCUUGCCGAAUGAUGGGAGAAUCUAAGCACCCUCUGCUUUUCAAGGAUGGAGACGUAACUAUUGGGGCACUUUUUCCAGUACACAGCAUAGAGACAUCAUCUUCAUUCAAGUUUACACAAAAACCUCAGUUUUUAUCAUGCUCCAGUGUGAAUCUGAGAGAUUUUCGGCUAGCUCAAAUCAUGAUCUUUGCCAUUGAAGAGAUUAACAAAAGUGAAAGUUUGCUCCCAAAUAUUUCUAUUGGCUACAGAAUUUAUGAUACCUGUAGUUCAAGAAUGUCUUCUAUGAGUGCAACUGUCGGACUAAUGAAUGGUCUAGAGAUUGAAGCUGGAGACACAUGCAAGGGACAGCCUCCUAUACAUGCUAUCAUAGGAGAAACAGAGUCUUCUGCCACAGUGAUUUUGUCCAGAACUACAGGACCUUUUAAAAUUCCAGUGAUAAGUCAUGCGGCCUCCUGUGAGUGUCUUAGUAAUAGGAAAGAGUACCCCUCAUUCUUCAGGACUAUUUCUAGUGAUUACCACCAAGGCAGAGCACUUGCAUACAUAGUCAAGCACUUUGGCUGGUCUUGGGUGGGAGCUGUGAACAGUGACAAUGAUUAUGGAAACAAUGGAAUGGCCAUAUUUCUUAAUACAGCUCAGAAAGAAGGUAUCUGUGUGGAGUACUCUGUGAAAUUCUACAGAACGGAGCCUGAAAAACUUAAAAAAGUGGUAGACACAAUAAAAACAGGUACCGUAAAAGUGAUUGUUGCAUUUGUGUCAUUUCUUGAGAUGGGUUUAUUAACUGAACAGUUAAGUAUUCAGAACAUAACGGGCCUCCAAAUGGUUGGUGUGGAGGCAUGGAUAACUUCAAAGACUUUGAUCACUCCAACAACAUUUCGUGUUCUUGGAGGCUCACUGGGGUUUGCAAUAAGAAAAGUCAAUAUUGAAGGUUUUGCCGAUUAUGUUAUAAAAGCAUUCUGGGACACAGCUUUUCCAUGCUCACACGGUCAAGGGAAUGAUUCUCAGAUCAAAGUAAAUUGCAGCAGUUAUCAGGAUCUGCUUUUGCUGAAAAAUUAUAAUGAAGAUGUGCCUGAACACAGAUUUUCAAGCAACGUCUACAAAGCAGUUUAUGCUGUGGCUCAUUCAUUACACAGUCUCCUCAAGUGCAAAACACAAGAAGGCUGUGAGAAAGGCUUGAAAAUACAACCACAGCAGGUGGUUGAGGCUCUGAAAAAGGUAAAUUUCACUGUAAAGUUUGGAGAUUGUGUGUUUUUUGACAGCACUGGUGCCACAGUAGCCCGAUAUGAAGUUGUGAACUGGCAGAAGGAUUUUGAUGGAUCAGUCCAAUUUAAACCAGUGGGAUACUAUGAUGCUUCACUGCCCAUUGACACACGAUUUGUGGUUAACACUGAAAACAUACUUUGGGCUGGAGGAAAGCUGAAGCCAAGCUCUGUGUGCAGUGAGAGCUGUCCUCCAGGCACUAGGAAGGCUGCACAGAAAGGAAGACCUGUCUGCUGUUAUGACUGUAUUCCGUGUGCAGAAGGAGAAAUCAGUUAUGAGACAGAUUCAAAUAACUGCAAGCAGUGUCCAGUGGAAUACUGGUCUAAUGAUGAGAAAAAUAAAUGUGUGUUAAAGGCUGUAGAGUUUCUGUCAUUUACAGAGGUUAUGGGUAUAGUGCUAGUCUUUUUCUCACUGUUUGGAGUAGGAAUAACUGUGCUGGUAGCUUUACUUUUUUACAGUAAGAAGGACACCCCCAUAGUAAAAGCCAAUAACUCAGAGCUGAGUUUCCUGCUGCUCUUCUCAUUGACUCUGUGUUUCCUCUGUUCACUUACUUUCAUUGGCCGGCCCACUGAGUGGUCCUGUAUGUUGCGUCACACAGCGUUUGGGAUUACUUUUGUUCUCUGUAUCUCCUGUGUUCUGGGGAAAACUAUAGUGGUUUUAAUGGCCUUCAAGGCUACACUUCCAGGAAGUAAUGUCAUGAAAUGGUUUGGGCCCGCAAAACAACGACUUAGUGUUUUUGCCUUUACACUUAUACAGGUUCUUAUCUGUGUUCUUUGGCUAACAACAUCUCCUCCAUUUCCCUCCAAAAAUAUGAAAUAUUAUAAGGAAAUAAUCAUUCUUGAAUGCAGUCUGGGUUCUACUAUAGGUUUCUGGGCUGUGUUGGGUUAUAUUGGCAUACUGGCUGUCCUGUGCUUCAUUCUUUCUUUUCUGGCUCGUAAGCUGCCUGAUAACUUUAAUGAAGCCAAAUUCAUCACAUUCAGCAUGCUGAUAUUCUGUGCUGUAUGGAUCACAUUCAUACCAGCUUAUGUCAGUUCUCCUGGAAAAUUUACUGUAGCUGUGGAGAUAUUUGCCAUAUUUUCUUCAAGCACUGGUUUACUAUUCUGCAUAUUUGCACCUAAAUGUUAUAUCAUCCUACUAAAGCCUGAAAAAAAUACAAAGCAACACAUGGUGGGAAAAACAACAUCUAAGUUCUAUUGA